GCUCAGAACUUCGAUUCCAAAUCGAGCUAAAACCAUUACGAUUGUAUAAUUCAGACGAAAAUUCCUAAUUCUGAAUCUCUCUGAAUUACAAACCCUAGCUGAUCCACCAUCGCAACCAAUAAGCAACCACCUCUGAUCUACCCAUCUUCAGACCUGAUCAGCGAUCCGUCAAGAUGCAGCACAUGCCGGCUACUGUGGAGGAACAGUUAAUUUUGAAAGCUAUAAGGGAGGAAUGUCCGUGGGAGAAUCUACCCAAGCGGCUUCAGGCGACUCUUAAUGCUAAAGAAGAAUGGCACAGAAGGAUUAUUGAGCACUGCAUCAAGAAAAGGCUCCAAUGGAAUACUUGUUUUGCUCGCAAAGUAUGCAAAGAAAGUGAAUAUUACGAAGAUAUGAUGCGUUAUUUGCGAAAGAAUCUGGCGCUUUUCCCUUAUCAUCUUGCGGAGUAUGUUUGCCGUGUGAUGAGGAUUUCUCCUUUCCGAUAUUACUGUGAUAUGAUAUUUGAGGUCAUGAAAAGUGAGCAACCUUAUGACAGCAUCCCAAAUUUCAGUGCUGCAGAUGCCUUGCGUCUUACAGGAAUUGGGAGAAAUGAAUUUAUUGAUAUCAUGAACAAGUGCAGAUCUAAGAAAAUUAUGUGGAAGCUGAACAAGUCAAUUGCAAAAGAACAGUUACCUACACAACCUGUGGACUUUCCUAUUGAACCUUGGUGGGGAGUUUGUCUUGUUAACUUUACUUUGGAAGAAUUCAAGAAACUCUCUGAAGAAGAAACAGCAACAAUAGAUAAAAUAUGCAAGGAAGAAGCUAAUGCUUUUGUCCUGUUUGAUUCUGAUAUUAUAAAAGGUCUUUAUCGACGGGGUUUGAUCUACUUUGAUGUGUCUGUCUAUCCUGAUGACCGAUUUAAAGUUUCUAGGCUUGAAGGGUUUGUUUCGAACAAGGAGCAGUCUUAUGAAGAUCCAAUUGAAGAGUUGCUGUAUGCAGUUUUUGUUGUUUCAAAUGGGAAUUCAACUGUUGCUGAGUUGGCAGCAACAUUGCAGGCUGAUCUUAGUCAACUACAAGCAGCUGCAUCUUUUGCUUGCAGAUUGGGAUGGGCAGAAAAAGUGAUUGAUCCCACAUCUGCUCUUCAUGAUACGAAACUACCUGCUUCUCAUAGAGUCAGUCUUACUGAUGAAGAUGACUCUGCUUUCAAUAGUAUGGGCUCAGCAAACAUUUCCACUGAUAGUGAUGCUACUCAACAGGGAGAUUUUUCAGGGACAGAAAACCAUGGGUCACGUUCUAAUGAUUUUCGGGUUGCUUUCGUUGUUGAUGCUAAUAUAACAUCUUAUCUCAUGAUGGGCUCUGUUUCACCAGGCUUGAAAUCCCAUGCUGUAAAGCUUUAUGAAGCAGGGAAAUUGGGUCAUGAUAGUAUUGCAGAUCUUUGCAAGGACCUGGAUACAUUAGAGGGAACAAAAUUUGAGGGAGAAUUGCAGGAAUUUGCAAAUCACAUAUUUAGCCUCCGCUGUGUUUUGGAAUGCCUGCUAUCUGGAGGAGUUGCUGCCAAUGCUAGAGUCAUGGAAAUUUGUGAUAAGAUGGGAAGGUUAGCUUUAAACAGCAAGGACUCUGUGUCUCUUGUAGCUGACAUCUCAUUGACUGACAGUUCAGAACGGUCUAGUACAAAUGAGGCUGGAGACAAUGUUAUGCCUCAGAAAGGAUCUCUUUUGGCUGAACCUGUGGCUGAAUCUGCAGGUGAUGAGACGGCCUUUGAAUCUAGUCUAAAUGACCAGAAUGAUGAGAAAAUGAUACCAAGUGAGGGUUCUGAUACUGGCAAAGGACCAUUAAUGAGGAAAAAGAAAUAUCGAGUGGAUAUCCUUCGCUGUGAAAGCUUAGCUGCCCUGCCAAAGGCAACCUUAGAUCGGUUAUUUCUUCAUGAUUAUGAAAUUGUGGUCUCUAUGGUCCCCGUCCCCCAUUCAGCUGUUCUUCCUGGACCAACAGGACCCAUUCAUUUUGGUCCUCCUUCUCACUUAUCAAUGACACCAUGGAUGAAAUUGGUUCUUUAUUCAACUGUGGCUAGUGGGCCUUUAUCUGUUGUUCUGAUGAAAGGACAAGGUCUACGGAUGCUUCCUGCACCACUGGCUGGUUGUGAGAAGGCCCUUAUAUGGUCUUGGGAUGGUUCUACCAUUGGAGGCUUAGGAGGAAAGUUGGAAGGAAAUUUGGUUAAGGGAAGCAUACUAUUACAUUGUUUAAAUUCACUUCUAAAACACUCUGCUUUGAUUGUUCAGCCACUCAGCAGAUAUGACCUCGAUGAAUCUGGACGAAUUGUUACAAUGGAUAUACCAUUGCCCCUAAAGAACUCUGAUGGCUCUGUUGGUCGCAUAGGGAGUGCAUUGGGUCUAUGCUUGGCAGAAAGUUCGAAAUUGAACUACUUAUUGACUGAUUUGGCAAACAAGAUAGAGUUGUGGACGGUUGGUUACAUUCGCCUAUUAAGACUUUUUAAAGAAAGAGAAUCAGAUCACUUUGCACCUGAUGAAGAAAAUUAUGAAUGGGUUCCAUUAAGUGUGGAAUUUGGGAUGCCACUUUUCAGUCCGAAAUUAUGCAACAAUAUAUGUAAAAGGGUUGUCUCAUCGCAACUGCUCCAAGAAGAUUCACUUAGUGUACAACAUGAUUCAAUGCAAAGCAUACAUAAAAGAUUGCGUGAGGUUUGUGCAGAGUAUCAAGCAACAGGUCCUGCAGCAAAACUUCUGUACCAAAAGGAGCAAUCGAUGGACUUAUCCCAUCAUUUUAUGAACUAUGCUAGCAGAAGGUGGAAUCCUCUAGUGGAUCCUUCUUCUCCCAUAUCAGGAGCACUAAGUGAGCACCAGAGGUUAAAAAUUGCCAGUCGCAACCGUUGUCGAACUGAAGUUUUGAGUUUUGAUGGUAGCAUUCUUAGAUCAUAUGCUCAAACUCCUGUAUAUGAAGCUGCCACAAGACCAAUUGAAGAUGUGCCUGCAUCAAGUACAAUGAAAGUUGAUCCUGAGGAAACUGACAGCAGAGAAAUAAUCCUUCCUGGGGUUAAUCUUAUUUUUGAUGGUUCUGAGUUGCACCUUUUUGACAUAGGUGCUUGCCUGCAAGCUCGGCAGCCAAUUUCCUUAAUAGCAGAGGCUGCUGCAAGCACUGCAGCUACUUCAACUAAAUAGGUUGUAGAAGGCAUUGGUGGGGAGUUCUAGAUAGAAGAUUUUGUCUCAAUAGUACCACAUGGAAGUCAUCACAUCCUCUGUGCUACAUUUAAUCUGAUAAUCUGGUUUGUCUGCUUCAUCUUUGAAGCUGUUAUGCUGCUGUGAGCUUCCAUUCAGUGUAAGGUAAUUCUCGUGUCUCAUGUGUAGUAGGCAGACUUCAUUGCAUGAUAUGGUCAGAGAUCAUCAAAUUGAGUUUAUUGCAAUUGCUCUCUUCGGCGGAAUAUUUUGGGGACUGAAGCAAAUAAACUGUUUUUCACGGAAAGCCUUGAUUGUCACGAGGAUAUUUAUUGCACAUGUAGUGAGGUCUAUCACAUGUAGUACAGAGACAAAAUUGGCCGCCAAGCAUUUCUUUUGAAAUAGACCCCUGAACUUUGUUUCAGUGGGUAACGUGACUCAUGAAUCAAAAAAGUAUUCAAUUUAGUAUCUGAAUUUUUACUUCUUUUUUUUUUUUUUCCGAACAUAAUUAAACUUCUCUUUGGCCACUUCUAUGUUGUAAUUUGUCAUCGAUAAAUCAAUUAACUAUCU